CUGGGGAGAAGAUGCGAAGGAGAAGGGGAAGCUGGAAACUUCCACAGCGGGCGCAGCGCAGAGAGCCUUCCAGCUCGGAGGAAGCUCGAAGGAAGGCGGGCUGGGGCUGGGGGCGCUCCCCGGGCUCCGGCCUUUCUCUCCAGCGGCCCCCACCCGCCUCCCGUGGUUCCUCCCACUCCGCUUCCCCGCUCCUGACAUCACGCCCCGGGAGGCGGGAUCGGGAAGGAGGGGGGACGUGGGGAGGAGGCUCGGCGCCACCGAGAGGGAGGAGGGAGGGCGCGCAGUCCCAGCCCAGAGCUUCAAAACAGCCCGGCGGCCUCGCCUCGCGCCCCAGCCCGUCGGUCAGUCCAGCCGCCAGCGCCCGGCAGAGCAUCCUCUUGAAACUGACCCAGCCCUUGGAGCCAAGACAGUUCCUUUGCUGCAGAAGUGCCAGUGGGUGCCUUGGACGCCCGUGUUCUUCCUCCAAAGUCAGCUGUUUCAGCUCUGAGGGUCCAGCACCGCACGAGGGGCCUUUUCCCUUAACAGCCUGGUCGCAGAGAACAGAACUCAAAGCCAGCCCUCCCCUGGCCAAAACCACUUUGAUUCCCGUGUUUCAGGUGUGUGUGGAACAGAGAAGGGAGUUCUGGGAACCCAGCUUCAGACAAGAACCCUGGGUCCAAGUGGUUAAUCGCUUGCAUUACUUUUCAUGGUCUUUGCUGUGCAGGGACCGGAUCUGUUAAGCUUGCCCUGGUCCCUCCUGCAUGCAGCACAGAGUUAAGUGCGCAGUUAAGUGCUCAACAAAUAAAGGGCUGUGUGGAUAGACGGGAGAGGGCGGCCCCCUGGAGUCUCCGCUUCCCGCUCUUAGCCACGGCCUGGAGGCGUGGCAGAAGGUGGCCCCGCCCCCCGCGCCUUAGGGGAGGAGCCCGCUGAAGGCGGCAGGGGUGGGGGCGGGAGGGUAAUGGGAGGGGCUUGCGGCAGCUGCUCCCUCCCCCUCUCCUGCAGUUGAUUCGGGCCGGAGCAGCAUCAGGCCCAAGUGGCACUGUCAGCACCCCUUUAUGUCAGAGUGACACGAGGUCACAUUCCUCUAGGCCGAGCCCGAAGGAGGUUUAAUCAUUGGCAGGCCCAGAUCAUGGUGUGCACACCCACAUGCAUU